ACACUUAGUCUCAGUGAUAUCUUCACCCAGUUGGAGUUGAUGCCAAAAAGUGAAAAACAGCUCAAAACAACAACAAAAUCCAAAAGGUCAGAAUCAGACAAGGAAAAACUAAGUAAAGAACUGAAGUCAUUAGACGACUUGUUCAACCCAGAUGUCACAGGACUGUCCACAGCACCAAGGUGCAUUCUGAUUGAGGGUGAAGCCGGAGGGGGGAAGACAACGUUUCUGUCCAAAGAAGCCCUAGAUGCCGUCUCACAGAAAACAGAGCUGGGAAGAAGACACAACAUCAUCCUUUCUAUCCGACUCCGGGAGGUGAGAGAGGGGGAGACCAUAGAGGAGAUGGUGUGGGACCAGUGUGUUCCAAAAACAACUAAAGGUAUUGAUGUACAAUCUAUCCAAGCAAUCUUACAGAGGAACGAGUCUUGUGUGCUCUUCCUCCUAGAUGGGUAUGAUGAGCUGCAGCCUGAAGCCAGCGCAGCCGGGCAGGCCAUUCCAGAACUGUUGUCUGGCAAGUUGUACCCCAACAGCACGAUUGUGAUUACCUCCCGACCCUCAGCAGGAGUGCAGCAGCAAACCCGGCCAGACUGUCAUGUGCACAUCAUGGGCUUCUCUAAAGAACAUGUACAGAAAUACAUGCAGCAGUAUUUCACUGUUGUUAAGAAGCAGGAACUGACAAAGAACCUUGUUGUACAUGUCAAAGAUAAUGAACUUUUGAACAAUUUAAUCCAGACUCCAAUUUUCUUGAUGCUGGUCUGUCUGCUGUGGGAGGAGGAUCAAGAGAUGGUGUCUACUGGAACAAUGACAGGACUGUACGACAACCUGCUGACAUGUCUGGUUAGAAAGUACUGUAAGCGGGAAGGAGUGGACAUGCCAACAGAAGGGCUGCCUACAGAGUUUGCUGAGUCAUUACUGCAGCUCGGUAAGCUUGCGCUAGAGGCACUGCUGAGGAAUGAGACCCUGCUUGAUGUUGCAGAAUUAGAGAGAGAGAAGGUAAAUUGGAAGUUGUUGUUAAAGCUGGGUGUAGUCUCCUUGGAAGUUUCUUCCUCUAGAUUGCAUCCUCGGAAACAGCUGAACUUUUCCCACAAGACCAUGCAAGAGUUCCUGGCUGGACGAUAUGUUGCUCAUGCUCUGGUGAACCUAGACAUUGUAGAGCUGCUGCAGCUCACCUCCAUAACCAAGGUGUUUGAACUCAGUAACCUGCUUCAGUUCACGUGUGGCUGUGGCUCACGGGCAGCACAAGCUGUGAUGGAGGAACUGAGCAAGAUCAGCAGCAGAGAGUUCUCACACUUGAGACCAGAACAUUUUGAAAGGUCAGAUGUGCCAAUGGAUCGAAACCUGCAAGAGUCCUGCAAAAGAUAUGAAAGGUUUGCAGCCUUGUGCCUGACCAUCCUUAGUGAGAAACAAGAACCAGAAGUUCUUCAGGGCAUCAGUCAGGCCCUGCCUAUUGUCAUACUGGACAGCUCCAUUAACAGUAGAGAAGCCACAGGUCUGAAGUAUUACAUACAAAAUCUUCAUGCAGCAAACCUGCCAGACAGGCUCAUACUUAACGUCCCUAAAGGCUCUGACAGCAGAGACACAGUUCAGUACCUACAGCAGUGUUUUACAACUUCACUCCCUGGACUUAGAUUGGACUUGAAACUAUCAGGACAGUUUGACUCACCUGAUGAGACAGCCAGGCUGGUUUUAGUUCUGAAGAAUGUUCCAGCUCUGAGGGCGCUGGAUCUGUCAGACACAUUACUAACACCAUCAUCACUCCAGCCACUUGUGCAGGGGUUCAGCCACAUGUCUCUGUUAGAGGAGCUGGAUCUUAGCUCUAACCUUUACCUUGGUGAUGCUGGGAUGGAAGUCCUGCAGGUUGGGCUGUCCAGUGUUCCACACCUGGCUGUACUCCGUCUUAGGGAAGUCAACAUGACAGCUAUGGGCAUGUCAUCCCUGGCUCCCUACAUGCGCCACCUAGUGGGACUGAGAGUACUGGAUAUAACUGAUAACGAUGAGAUCGGUAACACUGGGCUGGAAUCUCUCACCACCAUCCUCCCUAUCUUCACAGCCAUGCAGGUGUUGGGCCUGUGUGGCAUCAGUAUCAGCCCCACAGGCAUGCGCACACUGGUCCCUGCACUGUGUCAGCUAACCAGACUGAUCAAACUGGACAUUAGUUUUAAUGCCAUAGGAGACCCCGGGCUGGAAUGUCUGGCUGCUAUCCUCCACCACCUCACAGCCAUGAAGGUGUUGGUUCUCAGUGGUACACGUAUCAGUGACAGGGGAAUAUCAUCCCUGAUCAAAGCUCUGCCUCACCUGGUGCAAUUACAGGUGUUGAAUGUGGGAUUCAAUAACAUAGGAGACUCAGGGAUUGUCUCACUGGUGCAAACACUCUGCCAGCCCAGCAGUUUGGACAUGGAGCAAAACCUACCUGGUGACAAGAGUCUGACCACAGCCCCUCGCUGUAACACCACACUACAGGAGCUGCGCAUUGGGUGGAAUAGGAGAGUAACAGGAGUCGGACUGGGGAGGGUCGCACAGCUCAUCAGCGCACUGCCGGCACUGACCAGGCUGGACAUGUCUGGUAACGUGCGCACACCUGCACACCUGUCUGACACCACUGCCAUGGCUCUGGCCGAGGCUCUACCCAGACUCCCUGCCCUGGAGUGGCUGCACCUGGCGUACAUCUCCAUGGAGCCUGCAGGGUUCCGGGCUGUGGUGCAGGCUGCUGAGGAACACCCAACACUGGAGUGGCUGUACUACAUUAAGCGUCUAGUUCCCGAGGGAGCGGACACCACAGCCAGCUGUCUGGAGCUGCUCUGAGUCCCCAACAUGCCGACCUGUUCUGUACAUUGUCUCACCUGAGGUCAGCAUUCUGUAUUUGUGAUGUAAUAGUGAUGAUAACAUGUUACAGACAUUCUAAAUACAAGACUUAUAGAACUAAAUUUUGAUUCCAUCUAGGAUCAUAAGAGCUUCAAAAUGUAAUGUAAAACUUCUAUUGUAUCAAUGUUAAACCCCAGUGCCUAAGUUUUAACAAUUCUUUAGGAAUGAGAAAGUAAUUACAAUAAAUUUUGUUACAAUAAAUGUGUUAGAUAAAAUUCUUUCCCAACACAGCAUUCUCUAUUUUUCAAAACUUAGUUAUUAUAUAUUAAAU